AUGUAGUUUAAAGUAAAAAGUUUGUAAAAUUAUUUGUUUUGUUUAAUAUUUUAAAUGUUACACGUUAAACGUUAUUUAGAUAUGCGUUAGUUACUCGUAAAAAUGCCUAGCAUUAGAAAAUAUCGACGUGACACGACCGAAGUGAGCUGUUGUUUAAAAUAUGUGAUUUUUGGCGUUAAUGUAUUAUUUUGGUUCCUUGGCCUCAUUGUACUGGCCGUUGGUGUGUGGGCUUGGACUGAAAAGGAUACAUUCAAUAAUCUGUCACGCUUGACUAAUAUUGCUUUGGAUCCAGCAUUCAUUUUGAUAUGUGUUGGUACAAUAACAUUUAUAAUUGGAUUUACGGGAUGCGUAGGUGCCUUGCGUGAGAACACGUGCUUGUUAGCUUGUUAUGCAGUGUUCCUCGCACUUCUUCUGUUGGCUGAGAUGACAGCUGGGAUAUUGUUCUUUGUGUUCAAAGAUUGGAUAAAACAACAAGCAACAAGUGGAUUCCAGACGUUUAUCACGCAUUACAGAGAAGACCCGGACCAACAGAAUUUGAUUGAUUGGAUCCAAGAAGAUUGGCUCCAAUGCUGCGGUGUGGAAGGGCCCAGGGAUUGGGAUCGCAAUGCCUACUUCAACUGUUCGAGCGGCGCCGUCGGCUCUCGAGAAGCUUGCGGGGUGCCUUUCAGCUGUUGUCGCAAUAAGCCGCAGGACAUUAUCAGGAACAAGCAGUGCGGAUAUGAUGUUAGAAAACCCACUUACCAAGCGAGCGAGCGCGUGAUCCACGAACGCGGUUGCUUAGCUGCGGCCGAGGACUGGUUGCAGCGGAAUUUCGCACCCGUCGCGGCCAUGGUGCUAGGACCACUUGCGCUGAAGAGUUUUGACAUAGCUAAGAUAAUAUAUGACAAGGGUUGCCUAGAAGCCGCCGAAGAGUGGUUCGACCGUAAUCUCUUGAUUGUUGCCACGUCCGCUGUUUGUACCGCUUUUGCACAAAUCCUCGGAAUAUGCUUCGCUCAGAACCUGCGAGCGGACAUCUUUGCUCAGAAAGCGAAGUGGCACUGACAAUCAGCCUCUCCUGCGGCGGUGUGAUGCCCCCCCCGCGCACACCCGCGACCCCCACACACGCUCUUCGCCUCCACCGCCCCCGCCUGCUGACCAAUCCGUAUUAUUUACUUUGACAAAACAUUGACAAUAUAUAUUUACCUUAACUUUUAAGUGAGUGCCCGCACUGCGAAAUAUGAUUGCUAUUUUUAUACAUAAUAUGCUUCUCAUUGGCAACUUUAGCUAUAGUGACGUCAUUGAACAUUAUUUUUUUCAUUAUUAACGUAUCCAUACGCAUGAAAAGAACAGCGUAUUUAAACUUUUCUUUACAUUUGUUUACUGUCAUCCAUUCAGAUAUGAAUAGACUGUUAUUGUUGUUAAUGAUAACAAACAGCCGAAUAAUAAUUAAAAAUUAUAUGGUUAUAUAUAUACAAAAUGGGCCAAAAUUGGACGAAAAAUUAUAUUUCUACCAUUGUAUUUCACAUUGAAAAAUGUGUGGUUUAACAUAUGUCGCAAGGACAUCAAGUUGCCAAGCUUUGUCGGUUAGCCGGCGGUUUUUCGUGUGAGAAUACAGUCAUGUAAUCACAUCCAAAAUAAAUAAAUAUUACAUAUUCAUUAUUCAGAAAUUAUUUCAAUCUACAAAGUUAAUUAAUUUCUAGUUAAUCACACGUACAGCGUUCAAUUGAUUUAGGCACGAGAUUUACGUAACUGUAACUCAAAGCAUAUUAUUUCGCUGCGCGGGCCCAAUCUAAGCCGCGGUUUAUACGUAAUGGUUAAAUUCGUACUUGGGGGCGUGACACGGAUAAAUAAUCUACGUGGAUGUCAUUUGUGUGUUACUCUGCACGUAAUGGAUACUGUGUCACCUCCUAGUUUCCAAUACUCGCCAUAUCUAUACAAACUGCGGCUGAAUAUAGUUGAAUUAGAAUUGUUUUUAUACAAAAUAAUUGGAAAUAUACCUCAUGUUGUAUCUGUGUUGUAUAAUGUAUUAUAUGUAGGACUGUAGUGAGUCCUGCAACAGGUUGAAAGAUGUACAAAACUCCCUUCAAUUCCCUUUUUACUCAAUGUCUUAUGCGUGGAAGAUAUUUAUUGGACCUAUCAUACUAUUUAGGUAUUACUUAAUCGGUCCCUUAUGUUUGUACUUAACUAAAAAUGAAGUUGUAAAUAUGCAUAACAUAAUAUAUGCACGAUCAUAACCGGGCACAGAACGCGAAUUGAACGGCUAUGGAUAUGUGUUUCUCGUCAAUGUGUACGCGAAUCUCGCGGACGUAUCCAUACGUUCGUAUUUAUGAUGCACGCAAAUCGCACGGUUCGCGAGUGCAAUUGUGUAUCCGCCUUUACAGUAAAACUGCCUUCUGUAACUGCCGUAAAAAUAAAUUCAAUAAUUUAAUCUGGUCAAGCCAUAUGUUGAAAUUUUUUUUUACCAACGUUGGACCAAAUAUACCUACGUAUAAAAAUCUUAAGCACUCUUCAAAUUUGCGCUUGGAGCCGUAAAUCUUAAACCAUUUUGGAUAUUUCUAAAAAUCUAUAAAUAAUUUUGAUUAUUUUAUCUGUGAGUGCGAAUAUCCCGCUCUGUUGAGAAUCGUGUCUUGGUUUAAAACUGGAGCUGCUCUUGCGAGUAAAAAAAAAUACCUUCCACACAUAACAUCAUUAUAAAUAUAUAUCAUAAUAUCAAAUAUAAAUAUCUGUAUCCUGUCGUAAUCUCAAUCAUCUUGCUAUCCCUGUGGCUUCCAUAAAUUUAAGAUCUGAACGAUCUAUCUUUUAUCUAUCUGUCCGAAAAUUCUUACGCCUUGGAAAAUUCUUGAAACCCUACAGUGUCAAUUGAUACGUGAGUUUUUUCAAUUGUUGUUAGAAUUUAUCCAGUGUGUAGAUAAUGUGUGAUGCAAUGACUUCAGUAAUAUAAAUAUUUUAUAUCCAAAAGUACUAAAAUAGUUCUACUUUUGUUUUAAAACUUAAAAGCUUCAAGGGUUUGGAAAUUGUAUGUAGCAAAAAUUUAAACAAUUUGUACAGUACUGUAAUCUUGGCUCUAUAGUGCUUUUAUUAAUUUUGUACUCUUAAAAGGGAUAUCAUAAUUGUUGUACGUUUAUUACUUUCUUGAUAUCUUUGAUAAUAAGGAGAAGAAAUAUGAAAAUAAUUCUGUACUAUAAACUGUUAAGUAUUUAUUUUGCUGAAGUUCAACCACUUCACAGUGUGUGUUCAAAUUGAUGUCCAAAAAAGCCUUAAAUGGGAGCUGUGAGAUGAAUUUAGUAUUGAAAUUAAAGUAUUAUAAUAGAUCUAUAUGUAUAUACAACAAAUUGUUAAAUUAAUUGUAGAAAAAACAUUAGAAAUUGACAAUAUAAAAUUUGUAAUACAAUCAUUAUGUGGUAUACUGAUGGUGGUAUACAAAUUGUGUACAUCCCAAAAGGAAUUGACGAAACGCAUACCUCUUUACUCUUUAUUAUAAAGUAUUAAAAUUGUCUCAAAUCAUAUUAAUUUAUUUAUAUUAUGUGGAACAUAAGACAGUAAUAAAAUCCUGUAACUACCCAU